CGCGCGCGCGCGCACACUCACACACACACUCACACACGUGUGCGCCCCUCCGCUCCGGAGCUGCUGCUGCUCCUGCUUUCAGCGCCGUAGUGGAAGGCAGGGCCGCGCCGCUCCUUCUUUAAAUAUAUAAAUUGGAGCCGGCCGGCCUCGGCCGCCCCCCUGACAGCGCUGCCUGCGGCCCUCCCGCCGGCGCUCCCGCUGCCAGCCCCGGGACCUUUUCAUCUCUUCCCUUUUGGCCGGAGGAGCCGAGUUCGGAUCCGCCACUCCGCACCCGAAACUGACACACUGAACUCCGUUUCCUCCUCCUAAAUUUAUUUCUGCCUAAUAGCCACUCGUCUCUUUUUUUGCCCCCAUCUCGUCGCUCCAAGAAAACUUUUGCUGACUCCCCCAAGUGAAGCUUCCCCCUUGCCCGUCGUGUAUUAAUAUUUCCACUUGGGGAACGACUUGCCUUUUCUUUUUAAAGGAAUUCAAGCAAGAUAGCUUUUUCUCUCGGACAUUGACUCCCGAUUGUUUGCAAAAGUUUCGCAUUAAAAAAAAAUCUACCUGAUCUGUACUUUGAGAGUUGUUGGUUUCUUUUUAUUUUUCUUACUUUUUUACUUUUUUAAAAAAAAAUUUUUCCACCUUAAAAAAAAAAAUGCACUACUGUGUGCUGAGCGCUUUUCUUCUCCUGCAUCUGGUCACGGUCGCGCUCAGCCUGUCUACCUGCAGCACGCUCGACAUGGACCAGUUCAUGCGCAAGAGGAUCGAGGCGAUCCGCGGACAGAUCCUGAGCAAGCUGAAACUCACCAGCCCCCCAGAAGACUAUCCCGAACCCGAGGAGGUCCCCCCGGAGGUGAUUUCCAUCUACAACAGCACAAGGGACUUGCUCCAGGAGAAGGCGAGCCGGAGGGCGGCCGCCUGCGAGCGCGAGCGGAGCGACGAGGAGUACUACGCCAAGGAGGUUUACAAAAUAGACAUGCCGCCCUUCUUCCCCUCGGAAACUGUCUGCCCAGUUGUUACAACACCCUCUGGCUCAGUGGGCAGCUUGUGCUACAGACAGCCCCAGGUGCUCUGUGGGUACCUUGAUGCCAUCCCGCCCACUUUCUACAGACCCUACUUCAGAAUUGUCCGAUUUGACGUCUCCGCCAUGGAGAAGAAUGCUUCCAAUUUGGUGAAGGCAGAGUUCAGAGUCUUUCGUUUACAGAACCCGAAAGCCAGAGUGCCUGAACAACGGAUCGAACUGUAUCAGAUUCUCAAAUCCAAAGAUUUAACAUCUCCAACCCAGCGCUACAUCGACAGCAAAGUCGUGAAAACCAGAGCAGAAGGCGAAUGGCUCUCCUUCGAUGUCACUGAUGCUGUUCACGAAUGGCUCCACCAUAAAGACAGGAAUCUGGGAUUUAAAAUAAGUUUACACUGUCCCUGCUGCACCUUUGUACCAUCGAAUAAUUACAUCAUCCCCAACAAAAGUGAAGAACUAGAAGCGCGAUUUGCAGGUAUUGACGGCACCUCCACAUAUACCAGUGGUGAUCAGAAAACAAUAAAGUCCACUAGGAAAAAAAACAGUGGGAAGACCCCACAUCUCCUGCUAAUGUUGUUACCCUCCUACAGACUUGAGUCACAACAGUCCAACCGGCGGAAGAAGCGUGCUUUGGAUGCGGCCUAUUGCUUUAGAAAUGUGCAGGAUAAUUGUUGCCUACGCCCACUUUACAUUGAUUUCAAGAGGGAUCUUGGGUGGAAAUGGAUACAUGAGCCUAAAGGGUACAAUGCCAACUUCUGUGCUGGAGCGUGCCCGUAUCUGUGGAGCUCAGACACUCAGCACAGUAGGGUUCUCAGCUUAUAUAAUACCAUAAAUCCAGAAGCAUCUGCUUCCCCUUGCUGCGUGUCCCAGGAUUUAGAACCGCUCACCAUUCUCUACUACAUCGGCAAAACACCCAAGAUUGAACAGCUUUCUAAUAUGAUCGUAAAGUCUUGCAAAUGCAGCUAAGAUUCUUGGAAAAGUGACAAGACGAUAAUCAAACAGUGAUGAUGAUGAUGAUGAUGAUGAUGAUGAUGAUGAUGAUAGUGACAAAGGCAAUGUUUGUAACAAGAAAACACGAGAGAGCCUUGCUUCAUCAGUGUUUAAAAAAAAUUUGAAAAAGCGGUACUAGUUCAAACACUUCGGAAGUUUGUGUUCUGUUUGUUAAAACUGGCAUCGGAAACAAACAAAAAAAAGUUGAAGGCUUUAUUCUAUAUGUUACCUACUCUGUAAGUGAGAGAGACAAGAAGCAAAACCUUUUUUUCUUGAGAAAAAAAAAUAAACACUGGAAGAAUUUGUUAGUGUUAAUUAUGUGAAAGAAAAAAAAAAAAACAGGAAAAUCCCGUUAAGUGGAGUUGCUGUACAUACGUUUUUAUCCCAUGCCUCACUUGAUUUUUCUGUAUUGCUAUGCAAUAGGCAUCCUUCCAUUCUUACUCUUAGAGUUAACAGUGAGUUAUUUAUUGUGUGUUACUAUAUAAUGAACAUUUCAUUGCCCUUGGAAAAUAAAACAGGUGUAUAAAGUGGAGACCAAAUACUUGGCCAGAAACUCAUGGAUGGCUUAAGGAACUUGAACUCAAACGAGCCAGCAAAAAAAAGAGGUCAUAUUAACGGGAUGAAAAAUGCAAGUGACCUAUUAUAUGACCGAGCAAGUCUGCAUGAAGAAAAGACCCUGCAAACACAUGCUCUCUACCAACUGCCGGAGGAAGCUUCUUGUAAGGUUCAAAACUGAAAAGCCUGUUAAUAAAGGAAACUUUUGGUCAGAAUAAGUCUGUAAGAUUUUUUUUUUCCUUUUUAAUUGUAAAUGGUUCUUUGUCAGUUUAGUCAACCAGUGAAAUGUUGAAAUGUUUUGAUAUGUACUGGUCGAACUUCAGACCUUAAAGUAUUGCUGUAUAGCUAUGCUCUAGAUUUUUCCUUCAUUUCGGUGUAUGUAACCAUACCUAUAUUACUACAAUAGAUGGGUAUAGAAGCCAGUAUAAUUGGAAACACAUCUGCAGAUCUCUAUUGCAAACGAUGAAAUCAAAACAUUAACUACUUUAUGUGUAAUGUAUAAAUUUUUACCAUAUUUUUAAUGUUCUGUAAUAAUGUCAACUCUGAUUUAGAUUGGACUUAAAUUUGGGCGCUUUUUAAUGAUCGUUCGGAAUUGUGUGUUUCCUUUAGCUGGCCAGUACUUUUGAGUAAAGCCCCUGUAUUUUGACUUGCACUACAAAUACAUGUUUGAUAGUAUUUGUUCCACCUGUGCUUUUGCAUUGUCCAUUAUUAUGACAUAAGCUACCUGAGUCCACUUGUCCUUUUUUUUUCUUUUAUAAAAAGACAUAGUUUUCCUUCAUUUUCUAAGCAUCAUUACUAAUCAGUUCAGACAUUAACAAUCUUCUAUUUUAGGGAAAUUGGGGAUUAUAGAUACAUAGAUAAUUGAGGUGAAAUGUUUUAGUUUUAGCAAGGGCUUAAGGAUCUGACUGGAACUCAGAAUCUUGGUGACUGGGUUAAGAAAGGUUUCUCUAACUUGGUUUAAUCAGUAUUUUCACAGAAUUCUACUGUUACAAAAGAGCAGACAGUUCUUAGGAAACAACUGUUUCUUUAAUCGAGUUUUUAGUGUUCAGGGAGAAAUGGAAAGAUUUACAUUUUAGUUGAUUUUUUUUUUUUUUUAAGGAAGAAAAAAAGCCCAGGUCAGCAUAAGUCAUUUAGUUUAUUUCACUGAAGUUAAGGUUUUUAUAGAUGUUCUUCGAAGGUUGAAAAGGCACUAGGCAAAUUCUCCCAUGAUCAAAAAAUCCUUUCUUUCCUCUGAAUGAGAGUUAUCAAAUCAGAGGUUAGAAUUUACCUUGCUGAAAUACAUGAUUUGCCACAUUUUUGCAGAGGAGGUAACCUUAUGUCAGGGGUUGUAGGAUAUGUCAGUUUGUCAGUUGUCUCUUAUUUAGCUUUAGGAUAACAAUUAAUAGUAAGUCAAUGGAAUAUUUGCAGUUUUACCUAAAGAGCAGCACAAUGAGGUGUGAAUCCAGCGUGAAGUUGUUUGUUUCAUGUAAUGUACUUCUUUUUUGGAAUUUCCUGACCAUUAUUAAAAUGACAAAUUGGAUUUGUUUGAAAACUGGAAAAGCAAGAGAUAGGAUGCCACAGUACCAAACAACCCUUGGGUUGGAUGUAACCCAAUCCCAGAUUGGAGUGUGUUGAUUUUUUUUUUCUCUUCCACUUUUCUAUCCAUUCUAUGUAAAUCACUUAUUUCUGCAGGUAUUUUCCUCUCAGAUAGAAUGACAUUUUGUUUUGUAUUAUUUUGUCUUUCCUCAUGAAUGCACUGAUAAUAUUUUAAAUGCUCUAUUUUAAGAUCUCUUGAAUCUUUUUUGUUUUAGUUUGGGGGUUUUAUAAGGCCUUUAUUUCCCAUAAGUAAAUAUUGCUAUGAGAGGGGAGGGAGUGGGGAAAAUGUUAGUAUGUGGGUGGGGUUGGCCUGCAGUUUUUCUGUGAUAAACAGCAAUACGAUUUUAUGGUUGGCAUGAUUUUUUUUUUAAAUGGAACAUAAGAAUAGCUGUUUUGUAUUUUGAUGACUGAUUACGCUGUAUUUUAACACAAUGUAUGUCUGUUUUUGUGGUGCUCUAGUGGUAAAUAAAUUAUUUCAAUUA